AUGACCAACGGUCUCGCUGGAGACACGUCUUCCCCGUUGAGUUUGCAGCGUGUUCGUAGCUGGGUCAUGGACUGCGAAUCGAACCAUCAGCAAUGUGGCCGAGGCGUCGACAUGAAUUUGCCAACACGACUCAUCGACGUCACCGAAAUUUUUCGGGGAGAUGCAGAGGGCGUGCGACUUGCGGAAACUCAGGGGAAUACGGGAACCUACAUGUGCCUCAGUCAUUGCUGGGGAAAGAUCCUCAUCAAAUCCAAGACGGAAAAUGCUUCUCUCCGGGAGAGACUGGAUUUCAUCCCUUGGUCACUACUGCCCCCGAGCUUUCAACAGGCAAUCGAAGUCACACGAAAACUCGGCAUUCGAUAUCUUUGGAUCGACUCACUAUGCAUCAUCCAAGACGACGCCGACGACUGGGAGAGAGAAGCUGCACAGAUGGUCAACGUCUACCGCAAUGCUUAUGCCACCAUAGCCAUCAGCUGGUCUCACGAUUCCCAAGGCGGAUGCUACUCGAAGACGAUCCCGCCAGUAUACUCCAAAAUAACGACUGAAGAGGGCGAUGAAUUCACGAUCGCACUCGCACUAGGUGCCAAGCGAGACGACCUAUCGGAAUAUGAACGGGUGCAGGAAUACUUCCCACUCUUCAACAGGGCUUGGUGUCUCCAAGAGCGUCUGCUCUCCCGCCGCAUCAUUCAUUUCAACUUUGGAGAGCUUGCGUUUGACUGUGGGAAGGGCUACUCUUGCGAAUGUGGAGGAAAGCAGCAUUACAACUGGCACAAUGUGGUCGAUCUCUCCGGAACAUACACACCUCUGCGCUCGCGGUCCAAGUACCUCGCCCUACUCAACAACUCGACGACUGUGUCAUCGAAUGCCAUCAUGACCGAUCAGGGAAAGCUUGAUCCCUACGUGAGAUGGCAUCGCCUCGUGAGCGAGUAUACCUGCCUCAAUCUCACUGUCACGACGGACAUGCUCCCCGCAUUCUCGGGACUCGCACACGAGAUGGCGGAGAUCACGGGAGAUACGUACCUCGCGGGACUCUGGAAGAAUAACCUCGAGCAAGAUCUGAUGUGGCAUGUCGUGUCCGUGGCUGACUGGCGCAAUCAGCGUGAGAAAAUACUCAAACGGGGUUGGAUUGCACCGUCUUGGUCUUGGGCGUCGACGGGUAGCGGUUGCAAGGUUGGCUUUCCGAUUUUCUCCGGAGCUGAGGUUCUUGAGAAGAAGACACCGGGCAUCGUGGAGUCUGUAAAGAUAAGUUGCCAUCCGUCCGGGACUGACCCGACGGGAUCUGUUUCGUUCGGCCGUCUAGAGGUGGAAUCUAGACGGUUGCCAGUUUUGAUUCAGAGGCCGUGUUCGCGAUGGGAUGUGAAGCGGCGGUGGACCGACCGCGUGUAUGGAAGAUUUCUUCUGUACGCUCGUGAAAAUGAUCGCGAGUGGCAGGAGGACUGUCGACCUUGGACUGGACAAGAGCCUCUCGAGCUUGGGCCUGUCAAGUCUUCACUUUGGGUUGACCCGACGGUUGAGAGAAUGGGAAAGCAGUACAUCCGCAAGGAGGGCGCGGACAAGGAUUACAAGGUCGGCCUGUGUAAGCAUUGCGCCUUCCUCUCUGCUGAAAUUCUGUACAUCAGAGGCAUGAAGACCGACAAGGGCGCGCUUUCGAGUAGGCUUCGGGACUUCUUCUUGGUUGUUACCAAAGAUCCGGAAAGCUCAACGGACAGCUAUGUGCGAGUUGGUAUGCUCGAGAUCAUCAGUGACAAUCGGGAAGAUCGGGAGGAUUGGUUUGAGAGUUAUUGGGAACAGUUGGCUUUGCCUUCAACUAUCAUAGCUAUCUCAUAG